CGUCUUCGUAUCGUGUCCGUCCAGCAACCACUUUCGCUUCCACUCCGAGUAGAAAUUGGAACGAAAACGUUAUCAAGUCACUGCCAACCGCUCUUCAACACUGACUAUCUACUGUGUAUGCUUUGUGCCUAGCUGAGCUAGUGAGAAACAUUGCUGGCUGGAAAGUGUGCUAAUUCAUAAAGCCUCACUCCAACCACUCCGAGCUGAAUGGGUACAGGAAGCACAGUAGAAACAGGACUGGGUUGUUCAAGUGAUCAACAUGCCUGCCUUUGUGCUACUCCCUGCAUCUCCUUCAGACCUGGAGUCUAUCGUUCGACUCCAGUUUAAAGCCUGUGCCGACGAUCAAGGCUUUCCAGUCAUUUUCCCCAAGGGCGCCUCCCUGUCUUCCAUUACACACUUGGUGCAUUCAUACGAAAACGAUAUGGAAAAUGAUCCCACGUGCUUCAUCAUGAUAGUCAAGGAGGCAAUGUCAGGUGAAAUCGUCAGCUAUGCUGUGUGGCAUUUCUAUCCGCCCAGAUCGCAAGAAGAGAUCGACCUGGAGAUGCUGGUCGAAAACAUCCCACUUCCUAUCGACGCAAAUCAAGAGCUUGGAAAUAGAUUGAUCCGUGAAAGCACUAGAAAGCGACACGAAGUCGUGGCGGCGACGAUUGGACCUCAAAGGGCCUAUGCUUUCCUAGCUGCACUGGGUACAAGUCCUCGAUUCCAGAGGCAAGGAGCAGGGUCCUUACUAAUCACUUGGGGCCUGGAGAGAGCUGAUGAUCGGGGCCUUGCUACGUAUGUAGAAGCAUCUCCCGGCGCCUUGAAACUGUAUGAGAAUCAUGGCUUCCAUGAGGCCAGCCGAUUGAAGCUGGACAUGGCACCAUGGAAAGAAGGCAACUAUUUCAAUACGUGUAUGGUUCGGGAGCCGACGACAAGCUGA